AUGGACAUGGAGGCCCCAAAGGAUCAAGAAUCCACCGGAUUACUCCUCAAGAUCCUCCCGCCUCGCCUCGAAGAUGCGGGCCUCGAGGAUUGCACCCUUCCUCUUGAGUCCAUUAAAGAAGCUUUCUUCAAAGCCGCCUCUGCCAUUAAGUCAGGCACCACCUCUUCCUUCUCCGACGAAGAAGAAGACGAUUGUGUUCAGGACCGCUGGCCAGAGGCCAAAGACUUGUCUGAUGAGGUCGUCGGUGGGUCGCCGAGCGCUGCCAUGCCGGACACUUUCGUGGGAGUAGACACAGGGAUGGAUGUGCCGGGACAUUGCGUGGCAGAGAAGGGUGGUGGCGUGGUGUGGGAAGGCGGGGAUAAGGUAGUGGCGGGUGGUGGUGAUGUGGAGGACAAAGAUAGAGAAAAGGGGUGCGUGGAUGAUGGGUUGAAGGGAUUGAAGAUUGGGGACAAGAAGGAAGAAAAUGGCGGUGAUGCUGAUGGUGAUGGUGAUGAGGAACGGGAGGAGAAAGAAGGUAUGGUCACAGGUGCAGCAGCUGCAACAGUUUACUACAAUUUGAAGUUAAGGCAUCCUACGCUUGAGCUACCUAUCAUCGACUAUGACCUAGCACUUCUAUUUCAACCAAUGUUGGUUCUGGGAAUUAGCUUGGGAGUUGCUCUCAAUGUGAUUUUUGCUGACUGGACAAUCACAAUUUUGCUAAUUAUUCUCUUUUUAGUCACAUCAUCCAUGGCAUUCUUCAAGGGUGUUGAAACAUGGAAAAAAGAAACCAAAUUGAAAAAGGAGGCUACUAGACACUUGGAAUUUGUUGAAGACGCAACUGAAGGAGCGGAGGACAAUCCUCCCCCUGGAGGCCCCAUCACUGCUGUUCAAGAGGAACCCAAUCAACCAAAAAAAGAUAAAGUCUCUAUUGUUGAGAACUUUUACUGGAAGGAACUUGGACUUCUUAUUGCUGUGUGGCUGAUAAUUCUUGGUUUGCAGAUUGGCAAGAAUUACUCGACAACCUGUUCUGUAACAUAUUGGGUAUUAAACAUUCUGCUGAUCCCUGUAGCUGUUGGGGUAACUGCAUAUGAGGCAGUUAGCCUGUACAAAGGGCAGAGAAAGAUUGCAUCCAUGGGAGAAGCAAGCACAAACUGGCGAGUUCACCGACUUGUUCUCUAUUGUGCCAUUGGUGUGUUGGCUGGAAUAGUUGGUGGGAUGCUUGGACUUGGUGGAGGAUUCAUUUUGGGUCCUCUCUUUCUGGGGAUGGGAAUCCCCCCGUGGGUGUCAAGUGCCACAGCCACAUUUGCUAUGACUUUCUCUGCCUCGAUGUCUGUCAUAGAAUAUUACCUUCUAAAGCGUUUCCCAGUUCCUUACGCUCUCUACUUCUUUGCGGUGUCUAUUGUUGCCGCCUUUAUAGGGCAACAUGUGGUAAGAAAGUUGAUUAGUAUAUUAGGGAGAGCAUCUAUAAUAAUCUUCAUUCUGGCGUCCACGAUCUUUGUGAGUGCUCUAUUACUAGGUGGGGUUGGCAUAGCACGCAUGAUCGAAAAGAUUGAAAGGAAGGAGUACAUGGGAUUUGAAAACAUUUGUUCAUAUGGAGCUUAGUAUCUAGCUCUAUUGUCUUUAUCCAAAAAUCCUCUACAUUGCCUCUCCUUCCAUUGCUUUAGUAUCUUCUUUUUGGUGGUAUCACUAUCAGCUGUUGAAUUCCCUGUAGGAUUAGUUAUUGGCUGUGCUCUAGAUAUCUUUAAAUAUAAGCUUUCCAUGACUUGUCACCUUAAACCAUAAGCUCAGUUGACAUAAUUAAGCUUGAUUCCAAUCUAGCUUCCUCUAUCAACCUUUUCCAAUGUAAUUCUCUCCAUUUGGUAUUUUGUAUCAAGAGACUGUAAAGCUGCAAACAACCAUCAAUCUGUUGGGUUUUUUGAUGAGGUACUAGUACUAGUUGACUGGUUCAUGUCCCUGUUCUUGACUGAAACAAUAUUGCGGAUGGAAGGUGGAAGCUAAGAUCUUAAUGUCUAAUUGUUUAAGAAAUGCUCUUGUUAUUUCCAAAUAGAUUGAUUAGCUUUUAUUAUUGCUAAAAAAUAA